AGGAGCUGAGCAUGGAGAGCAGGGAGGACAAAUCCCCGGGGCAGAACCAGGCAGCAGAGGCCGUUUUGAGCGGCUCCACGGCGCAGGAACCCAACGGGGAGGAAAAGCCCCGGAGAUCCUGCACGAGGAGGGGCUGCAAACGCAGAUGGCGGGGAUCUGAGGGGGAAAGAGCCAGCCUGGGCCGGGAAGGCAGCCAGAGAUGGAGCCAGAGCUCAGAGCUGGUGCUCCAUGAGCAGCUCCAUGAUGGGGAGAAGUCCCACACGUGUGGGGAGUGUGGGAAGAGCUUCAGGUGGAACUCUGAGCUGAUCAGGCACCAGAGGACCCACACUGGGGAACGGCCCUACAAGUGUGAUCAGUGCAGGAAGAGGUUUCAGACCAGCUCAGAUGUCCUCAAGCACCAGCGCACUCACACAGAGGAGAGGCCCUUCCGCUGCCCCGACUGCGGGCAGGGCUUCAGGCGAAAUGACCAUCUUGUCAUGCACCGACGCAUCCACACUGGGGAACGACCCCACGAGUGUGAGGAAUGUGGGAAGAGCUUCAGGCACAGCUCCCACCUGAUCAGGCACCAGAGAACCCACACCGGGGAGAGGCCCUGCAAGUGUGGGGAGUGUGGGAAGAGCUUCAGGCACAGCUCCACCCUGAUCAGGCACCAGAGAACCCACACCGGGGAGAGGCCCUACAAGUGUGGGGAGUGUAGGAAGAGCUUCAGCCGGCAUUCCAACCUGAUUCUCCACCAAAAGAUCCACACUGGGGAGAGGCCUGCCGAGUGUUCCAAGUGUGGGAAGAGGUUUCAGAGCAACUCCCAUCUCCUCCUGCACUAUCGGAUUCACAGAGAGGAGAGGCCCUUCCUCUGCCCUGACUGCGGGAAGGGAUUCAAGCACAACUCCACCCUCAUCACCCACCGGCGCAUCCACACUGGGGAGAGGCCCUACGAGUGUCCCCAGUGUGGGAAGAGCUUCUCACGGAGCUCUACCUUGACCGGACACCAACGGAGGCACCGGUAA